AUGGCGGCGCCCUUAUGGAAACAUGUUUUUUUUCCGCUCAAUAAAUAUUGGCUCGUUCAACAGCGGUUGGCCAAUUCUGGAAUAUUUUAUCAGAGGAUCCAACAUUUUUGCAAAACUAUCAACAAAGAUAUUCUGAAACUGCAUGAAAGGGGCCUUUUCCAAAAUGUUUUUCCACCUGAAAGCUCUUCAGAGCUGGUCCAUAAACUACUUGGUGGUUCACAAAGUAUGUAUUGUGGUUUUGACCCAACAGCAAGUAGCCUGCACAUUGGUAAUUUAUUAGCCAUUGUAGUCCUUCUCCACUGUCAAAGGGUGGGACAUUACCCAAUUGCUUUGAUUGGAGGAGCAACUGCCAAAAUUGGGGAUCCCAGUGGUCGCACAAGUGACCGUGAACAAAUUACAGAUGAGCAGAUUAAGCAAAAUUCUUGGAGUAUACAUCAAAGCUUGGAAAGAAUUUUUUCUAAUCAUCACCAAUUUUUAUGGAAGAACAAAAAUAAAAAAUUGCCAGACAUCAGGAUUUUAAAUAAUGCAGACUGGUAUGAAGGAAUGAAUGUUGUUGAUUUCCUCUCUGAUUUUGGUCGCCAUUUUCGUAUGGGAGAUAUGUUAGCCAAACACAGUGUCAAAACUCGAUUGAACAGUCCAGAAGGAAUGAAUUUUACAGAGUUUGCUUACCAACUAUUUCAGUCAUAUGACUGGUUAUAUUUACAUGACAAGUAUCAAUGCACCAUACAGAUUGGUGGUAAUGAUCAACUUGGCAACAUUGUCUCUGGCUACGAACUUAUCAGUCAAAUUAACCAGACAAAAGUGUUUGGACUUACCACACCUCUUGUGACAUCUUCAACAGGUGAUAAAUUAGGAAAAUCAGCUGGUAAUGCCAUUUGGCUUAAUUCUGAUAAAACAUCACCCUUUGAUCUUUAUCAGUACUUUUUAAACAUCCCUGAUGAUGAAGUGGAGUUAUUGCUGAAGCUGUACACAUUUCUCUCAGAUGACUUUAUUCAAAAAACAAUGGCCAAACAAAAGGCUCAACCAGAAAAUCGACACGGGCAGAAAAUUCUUGCUGAACAAAUUCUUCUUUUGGUACAUGGGGAAGAAGGCCUGAAGACUGCAAAACGGUGGACAGAGGUGUUAUUUCAUGGUAAUGCCCAAAUUCUCUGUGAAUUGUCCAAAGCUGAAAUGUCAGAAUUGUUUCACAAUGCAUCCACUACUCAGGUGUUUUUAGAGCCAGGGACCACAAUUCUGGACACUUGCAUGAAAGCAAAAUGUUUUGGAAGAAUCAUUGAUGCUGAACGUGUAAUCAAAGCUGGUGGAGUUCGUUUUAAUCAUCGCCGUGUUAUGCAGCCAGACCAUGUCCUCAUCUCAGGGGAGCACAUUCUGCCUAACGAUUUGACAUUGAUUCGUGUUGGAAAGAAGAACCAUUACAUUUGUAAGUUGGAAUUCUUCCUGCCUUUCUCUCUGUGGUACAGACUCUCACUGUUCCUACCAUGCUCCCUACGGUUCCGGUCGGACAUGUGUCGACAUAUUUACUGUAGUGUUAUGGAUUAUGCCUCCACAUUGAUUCGUGUUAGGGAGUUAUUCCCCUUUUUUCUAUUAAUUUUUGUUUAUGUACUGUGCAACAAUGUACACCAUCUUUCUUUCUUAUCAUCUUUUCUCUCUCUCUCCCCCACUACGCCCUCCUUUCUUUCAAACCUUUCUCUUUUUCAUUCCAAUUUCUAUCUCCUCUUUAAGCCCCUGUCUAUCUUCCUGCUUCUCUUCUUGUUAAAUUUUAUCCUCUGA